ACGUAUAUAUAUAUAUCUCUUCACUUCUCUCUUUCUCUAUCAGUUUGUCAAGAAAUGGCAAGAACAAGUCCUUUCCUCUUAAUCUUGUUAGUCCUCUUCAAUCUCUCAUUUCUCUCUAUUGCUUCAUCUUCUUCAACUGAUUCCUUUGUCUUUGGAGGCUGCACCCAACAGAAAUAUACACCAAACUCACCCUAUGAAUCCAACAUUAACUCUCUUCUAACUUCUCUCGUCAACUCAGCCACUUACACUUCCUACAACAACUUCACAAUCAUGGGCUCCACCCCGCAGGAUGUCGUUUACGGCCUUUUCCAGUGUCGCGGCGACCUUUCCAUGCCGGACUGCGCCACCUGCGUAGCUCGGGCGGUGAGUCAACUCGGUUCCUUAUGUUCUCAGACGUGCGGUGGAGCAGUUCAGCUUCAGGGUUGCUAUGUCAAGUACGAUAACGCCACAUUUUUAGGCGUGGAAGAUAAGACUAUUGUGUUGAAGAAAUGCGGGCCGUCCAUUGGGUAUGAUACGGAUGCUAUGAGUGUUAGAGAUGCUGUGUUUGCAGGCCUGGUUCGGGCUGGUGGGCCGUAUAGGAUUGGUGGGUCUGGAGAGGUUCAGGGGGUGGCUCAGUGUGUUGGGGAUUUGAGUCUAGGUGAGUGCCAGGAUUGCUUGUCGGAGGCCAUCGAACGGUUGAAGUCCGAUUGCGGCACGGCUGUCUACGGUGAUAUGUUCUUAGCUAAGUGCUAUGCUAGAUACUCCACUGGCGGUGCUCAGGUUUAUACCAAGUCUCAUAAUGAUAAAUCUACUAAUGAGGGAGAGAAGACAUUUGCAAUUAUAAUUGGAUUACUGGCAGGAGUAGCUCUAAUCAUUAUUUUCCUCACUUUCAUAAGAAAGGUGUUUGAAGGAAGUGGUAAAUAAAAAGAAAAAUCACAACUUUUUCAGACUUUGGGAGUGCUCCACCUGCAUGCUCAAGUUCUUUUCUUUUGCUUUUUAGGAGUUCUUUUUUUUUUUUUUUUUAAAUUCAUGAUUUUAAACUUUCUUCUCUCUUCUCCCUCAUUAAGAAUUUUCUUUUCUUUGAUGUACUCUGAUGAAAAAAAGCUUACUAAAACAAAGAUGGAACUAAAAGGGUGUGCCAAAAAUGAAAAAAGUUUAAAGGGAGGCUAAGGCUAAGAUUCCAAACUGCUGUCAAACUCCCACUUGACAAAGUUGUAUUGUCCUAAUGUGCAAAAGAAAAUUAGUCAUAUAAUUCUUUUUGUAAAGGUGCAAUUUUUCUUUU